CAGGACUCCAUUAUUUAGACAGCGCAGAGACCGCCGUGUUGCAUAUUUCGUGCCCUCCAAAUUUUUGACUAACUGAAAGUAUGCCAGACGCUACAAACGCCGAGAAGCAGCCCAGGCCCAUGCUUCGUUUGAGACCCGAGGCUCUAAAUAGGCCAAACCAGAUCCGGGUUUCGAAGCAUCCACGCGACGGGCCAUGGAUGCCGGACGCAUCUUCUCUCGAGGGAGAGGCAAGGAGCGCUCCCCACGGCGACGGCCCAGUGGGAGUCACCAUGGAAGAAUACCGGGCUUCCUUCAAAGAGAAAUCAGCGCGGACGCUCAGCACACUCAAGGAGCUUAAAACAGCGAAGAGGCUCAAUGAGGUCGAAAUUAAAUCUGUCGUUAUAAUGUGGCCGCCAGUUGAUAUGAUGCGAAUAAAUGGCUGGACUGAGAACGAGAUUGAGUCGGCCUUAGAGAAAUACUAUGUUGGUGCUCAGCUUUAUCUCACGCCCAACAAUGUCGCGAGUCCUAUGAUGAUCGAGCGGUUUGGCGCUGACUGGGGACAGAACGCCCGAGGUAUCUACUACCGCCAUCAUUAUUCUCCGAGCUGGGUCACGUUGGAUUGGAACCUCUGGAUCCCGUCACUUGAUGGCAUUGAUUGGAAUCAUUCCAGCGAGGCCAGUCGCCGCUCCAGGGCAGAAACGUUCCUCAAGCAUGUUCUCAACAAUGAAAGAUGGAGGAAGAGUGAAUAUGCAUGGGAAGCCGACGCCUGGACAGAUGUGUUUGGCCAAAUGAGAAAUGAUCCAUCGCUGGCUGUAGAUAAACACGAAUACAAUGCAAUCAAGAUGAAAAGGGACCCGGUAUCAUGUAAAUUAGCCGGUGAACCCAAAUUAAUCAAGAGAAUUCCAGAUGCAACUUUCGGGCUGGCGACCUUCAAACCGGCGGACUACCAGAGUGCCCUAGCGGAAUGGGAUCUUGAUCAGGACCGGCUUCAGGCGCUCCUCCUUCAUAGACAUUGUGGCCUUAUUUCUGACCCACACUGGGGCGGCACGGACCUUGCAUUCCCUUUCGCAGUCUAUGAGGCUAAGGGUUGGAGCGGCGAUGCUCGGGAAGCACGCCGACAAGGGUGUUCCGCGGGGGCAGCUUAUCUUGAUAUGCUGGACAGUCUGGCACGGAAGCCAGGGAAAGUUGGCGAGAAGAACAGAGUAUAUCAAUCUGCAGGGGCUCGCAACAACCAAGUUUUCGUCUUUACCUCAUUUGGAGCCCAUUGGCAUAUCCUGGUGGGCUACAAGAGACCACGGCAGGAAAGAGAGUAUGCCGGACAUGAAGGGUUCACUGAGUCCGUUUAUGUUUUUCAGAGACUCUGGAGCGGCCGUGUCGUGACAAUACGGAAAGCUUGGGAGCUCUUAUCACUACUUGAUCAGAUACACCUCUGGGGUGUCACAGAUUUCCGAAGCUCCAUUAUCCAAUGUUUGAAACAGUGGCAUGAGUUUUCGAGGAUGUGCUAUGCCAAUGAUGUUAGGUUUUUGAUCAGAGUGCUCAAAAAAGAUAGAUUCACGCACGAUGGAAAAGAGUAUCUGUUACAGCCUGCGGCGUCCCUGCAGUUAGCUGACUGGACUAAGCAUGUCACUAACGAAGCUCGUGAAAAGUUACAGAAAAGAGCUAUAUUCCACUUCCAGGAAUCCUUCCGAAGAGACUUUCCGGCCCUGAGCCAUAGUUGGCCAAAAAGUGUCACCUGCCUGCUAGACGAUUGUGGCCCAGAGGGAAAUCCGGGAUAUCUCCUGCUGUCCAAGGAAGAAAUGGCAGAGCACUAUCGCGAGAUCCACGGGCAAAAUGAUGAACAAAUAGCAUCGCUCGAGCACCGUUGGGAUAUGGAAGAGUCUGUCAACGGCAGCAGCAACAAUACGCUUCAGAUACACGAGAUACAUCAGCUACAAAAGCGUAAGCGUGAGAGACCAGGGAGUGGAGAGCAUGGGUCAUGUACAAAACGCUUCAAAAGUUUAAUUGUCGAGGAUAUUGGUAAUAUUUACGACGAUUGUUUUAUCGAUCUGACUGAAAAUUAACACGCUCGGGCGAUGACAGCCAGGAAAUUCCAAGCAGCCCUACACAGGUGGAAACUGGUUAACUGGCUGGAAAAUGGAACUGGAAAAGACAACAAUGAUUGAUUGAUUAACUCCCUACCAAAGAGAUGAGAACGAGAGAUAUUUAUGCAACGAGGG